AUGAAAGUUUUUAAUACAAAGCUUCAAACGGUAGUGAGAGAACAACUGACUGCGGAAGGACAUCCAUUACCUUCAGAAGUUACCAUAGCAUAUAAUUUUGAAACAAACUCAAUAGAUUUUAAAGUCAUCUCUGCAAAGAAGUCAGGUUUUACAUUUAAUGAAGCAGAUGUAUAUUCGAAUGAAAACUUCAAAGCUAUUGCAUGGUUAGAUAAUGACGAUUGCUUUAAGAAAAUAUUUAAAUACAGUGACUCAACGAUGUCAAUAGAUGACCUUCGUGGAAUGUUACCAUCGACGUUUACAGUAGAAGGUUCAGCAGGAUUGCUUACAAGAUUGUCAAUUGGUGGUAUUUGGUCUCGUGAGAACAUUGUUAUAAAAUCCAGUAUAAGUGAAUUUGCUGAAGAAUCUAUAUUAUGUCUUUCAAACUACAUGUAUUCGCCGCCGAAGCAUUAUAGUAUAACAAACUUUGUCAGUAAGUUUAACAUAAGACUUGUCGAACCUUCUUCAAUGAAAGAUGUUGUGCUACCAAAGACGGAAAGGAUGGACUCAUUA